UAUAAGUUCAAUUAAGUAGCAUUUAGUUGGAGAUUUAUAUAAUAAUGUACAGAAAUGCAUAUCAGCGUGGAAUGCUUACGGUAUUUUUUAGCGUAGGAUCGAAACCACUAGCAAUAUGGGACACAUACAUGCAAGACGGCUACAUCACCAGGUUCUUAGACCAAGACAUCAAGUCCAUGGUGUUAGAAAUAGGUGGAACCAAUGUUAGUACAACUUACAUGACGUGUCCGAAGGGCAACAUGGUGUUAGGCAUAACUAUGCCAUUCCUAGUCAUGAUUGUAAAGAACCUUAAAAAGUAUUUUUCAUUUGAAGUAACGGUACUCGAUGAAACAGGAACACGGCGUCGAUUUCGGGUAUCGAAUUUUCAAAGCAGCACCCAAAUAUUGCCUUUGUGCACCGUCAUGCCAAUCGGUCUUUCUGAUGGAUGGAAUCAAAUACAAUUCAAUUUAGCCGAGUUCACUCGACGCGCGUAUAAAAAGCAGUUCGUCGAAGUUCAGAGGCUAAAAAUUAAUGCUAACAUUCGUUUAAGAAGGAUUUAUUUCACGGAAAGAUUGAUACCCGAAGACGAAUUACCUGCCGAGUAUAAACUAUUCUUUCCGAUCGCAUCUAAAAAGAAACGCGGCCUACAAACUAAAGAAAGUAAACCUACAUCCCAGCAGGCCUUAAAACCGAUGUCUUCUGUAGCACAUUUAGAACAAAAACCAGAAGAGACCAAGAGUUCUAAAACUUCUAUUCAUUCGAUUAAAAAAGUAUCUUCUGAGGGAAAGGCUGAAGUACAAAAGACACUUUCCGUAGCUAAUAUUGACACUGAAAAUGCUGUUGAAAAAGUGCCGUCAGAAAAGCUCGAUUCUGCCGAGCAAGAUGAAACUGUGCCAGUUGCCGUACCUGAAGGGUCAGAAGAAAAAGAACAAGGAGCUACACACGAGGAAGCUGAAGAACAGCAGCCCACUGAUAUGGAGUCAAAAGUUGCUGAUGUCGAGCCGGCUGUUGAGGAGCCAGAGACAACUGUGCUUAAAGACAAUACAGAAAACGCAGCUGAAGAACAAGAAGUAGUCGAACCCCCAGCUGCUGAACCUGCUGCUGAAUAGAUUAAUGGUUUAUGAAUAAGGUUUUAAUGAAAACUAAUUAUAGAAUAAU